AUGGAUCUAGCUGCUAGCAGGGUAGUUGAAGAGUCUGAUAAGGCUUGUACUACUGGAAUAUUAAGCAAGUGUCCGCCACUUGGAGGGCACUACUUAUUGAAUCCAGGACCCAAGGAAAUCGUUUUCCGUGGCUACUUUCGGAAAAUAAACAAAAAAGAGGAAUAUUGCCCAACGAUGUUUUCACGUGUACACAAGUAUAUGCCAACUCGAUUUGAUAUCGCCGUCAAGACCGUUACUUGCUCUGGAUAUGUGAAUCACGAAAAAUGA